GUCAGCGUUAUGAGGAAGAAGAGGAGGAGGAUACCUUACCUGACUCAGAUGCCCUGCCAGACUCGGAUGACGAGGUGGAUUUGGAUAAGCCGCGUCCCAUACAGAUUGUUCUUGCUCAUGAAGAUGACCAUAACUUUGAAUUAGAUGAAGAAGCAUUGGAAAAAAUCUUGCUUCAGGAGCACAUCAAAGAUCUUAACAUCGUAGUUGUGUCUGUAGCAGGAGCUUUCCGCAAAGGAAAAUCUUUUCUUCUGGACUUCAUGCUUAGAUACAUGUAUAACAGGACUUCUCCUUGCUGGAUAGGUGGAAACACUGAACCAUUGACUGGAUUUACGUGGAGAGGUGGAUGCGAACGGGAAACCACUGGCAUUCAGGUUUGGAGCGAAGUGUUUGUAAUUGAUAAACCCAACGGAACAAAGGUUGCUGUACUACUCAUGGAUACCCAAGGUGCCUUUGAUAGCCAAUCCACUAUCAAAGACUGUGCGACGGUUUUUGCUCUGAGCACCAUGACGAGUUCUGUCCAGGUAUACAACUUGUCCCAGAAUAUUCAGGAAGAUGACCUUCAACAUUUGCAGUUGUUUACAGAAUAUGGAAGACUAGCUAUGGAAGAAAUUUACCAAAAGCCGUUUCAGACACUAAUGUUCUUAAUUAGAGAUUGGAGUUAUCCUUAUGAACAUGCAUAUGGCUUGGAAGGAGGAAAAAAGUUCCUAGAGAAAAGAUUGCAGGUAAAGCAAAACCAACAUGAAGAGCUACAGAAUGUAAGGAAGCAUAUUCAUUCGUGUUUCAGUAAUCUUGGCUGUUUCCUGUUGCCCCACCCUGGUCUUAAAGUUGCAACAAAUCCAAAUUUUGAUGGGAGGUUGAAUGAUAUAGAUGAGGAUUUUAAGAAAGAACUGCGGAAUUUGGUACCAUUACUGCUUGCCCCUGAAAACUUGGUAGAAAAAGAGAUUAGUGGAUCCAAGGUGACCUGUAGAGAUCUUGUAGAAUACUUCAAG